AUGUCUUCUACGUUCACCCCUUCUACCGCGAUCGACAUGUCUAAGGAGCGCGAUUGGGCUCCUGCGCUUGGCAUGUUAGACUGGGACAAUACAAGCAUAGUAUUCACGAAAAGGACGCUCCUUGAGUUCCUCAAAUACACUGGAACCACCGUGGACACCAACUUCCAAAAUAUCUCGAAGCUACCACGAUACGCGAAGUUUGGCAAGCUGUCGAACGCAGCGCCUGAUGCUGCCGACUCUUCAACCGCUGGCAAAGAUACUACUGCUGAUCCAGCAUCCUCCCCUGACACUUUCCGCCCAUCCCGUCGUGUGCGGACAGCCCCAGGAGGACCCACGUCAGACAUCUUCGGCCAUGAUGUGAACGACGAUGCCUUAUCGCAAGCGCCUGCUCAGACGUCUGAUGCCACACUCAACAAUCCUGCGCCUACCGUAGCAACCUCCGAAUCCACUCAAGAUUACGAACCGCAAGGAUUAGACUUCGGAUCCAGCAACAAACCCAGCCGACGGGUUCGUGAAAAUCCUGGAGGAAGCAGCAGUUUGUCGAACUUUUGGGAUGCACAAGAGGAACCUGAAGAAUUCAAGCCUACUCGUCGUGUGCGACAAGGACCUGGAGGACAUGACAGCAUCAGCGGCCUCUUCUGA